CGACGACCACGGGAUUAUUAUUAUUAUUAUUGCAUUCUCUCUCUCUCUUAUUUGAAGAAAGAAACUUCUUCUUCUUUUUCUCGAUCAUAAUUCUCGAUUAUCAAUCAGAUCGAUCGAUCGGCGAUUUCUCUUUUCAGCUGCUGCUUCUGCUGCUGCAAAUUCGGAUUACAAUUCACAGUCUUUUCAAUCUACAAACAAGCAAACAAAGGAGAGAAGAAGAUGAAUCAAAGCGAUGCAGCAAGCUCUCCCUUUUAUCAAUAUUACAACAAUUCCCACUUACACAAUCCUAACCCUAACCCUACCACUCCCACCACCGACGCCCAUAUGAAUUCCAACUCCUCCUCCUCCUUCCCAGCUACAUUCGCUUCUGCCCCUCCGUUCUCCUCUUCUUUCGCUCCCUCCGAUCAUCAUCAUCAACAAUCGCCUUACUCAUCUUCUUCCUCCUCUGCCCCUGCCUAUCCUCCUCAAUACGCUCCCCCCGACCACGCCUCCUUCCACCCCAAUCCUACUUCUCAUUUACCCAAUCCUCAUUAUUCCGCCCCUCCUCAACUCGCUCCCCAACCACCCCCCUACAAUCCUUACGAUCAGACUUACGGGGGUCCAUCAGUCAACUAUACCCACCAACAACAAAUUCCUCUUUACGAUCCCAAUCCCAAUCCAAACCCCAAUUCAACUACUUCCAACACUUCUUCUUAUUCAACCAAUUUGUAUCCCCCUCCCCCGCCCUCUGAUUACGGGAAUUCCUAUCUCACUGGAUCGAAUUACGGCAACUAUGUCGAUCAAGGGAUGCACGGAGGAGGCGGUGGUGGUGGUGGUGAGAUGCGGUCAGAAGUAGCUCCACGAUACGAUUAUGGAGGAGGGUUACAGGAUGGUGGGACUGAAAGUGGUGUUUAUCGUUACAGUGGAUCUAAGACGGAGCCCUAUGGUGCGAGAGGGACUGGCAGUGCCAGCAGCGGCGGCUCAAAGUCUUCUUCUGGUGCGCUUUUUGAUGAUUAUGGGAGACCGAUUGCGUUUGGGGAUAGGAAACAGCAGCAUAAUUCACUGCCACAGUCCGCCAAGAUUGUCAAGGCAGCCCCAAAGGUAGAGUCCCAGCAGGAUAUGGGUAGUGGGGUGCUGAAGUUCCGUGUCAAGCUCUUGCAAGAAAGCGCAGGACAGAUCGACAUGGAUAUACUUUGCCAGAUUGGUUUGGAUGGGAUUCGGCUUCUUGAUCCUACAAAUUACAGGACUUUAAGAAUUUAUGCACUUGAUAACAUCACAAGAUGGGAUGUCCUGGAUUCUUAUAUAUUUGCCUUUUGGGCUAAGAGCUCAGUGGAUGCCGAUGCUAAACGUAUCCGACUAAAAUCGAACAGCUAUACCACGAACAACAUUCUGGAUGCAGUAACAGCGGCCAGCAUUCAGUUCAAGGAGAUUGGUAAUAGUUUCAAGUCUCCUGAUCCCAAGGGCUCAGAUCAACAAUCUGAGAAGAAAAAGGGGUUAGUUGAUUGGAUGAAUAUUAUUAAACCAAAAAUAGAGGAGAAAGAUCAUUGGGUUCCUGAUGAAGCAGUUAAAAAGUGCACCUCAUGUGCUGCUGAUUUUGGGGCUUUUAUGAGAAGGCACCACUGUAGGAAUUGCGGAGAUAUUUUCUGUGACAAGUGUACCCAGGGAAGGGUCACCCUUACUGCAGAUGAUGAUGCCCAAACAGUUCGAGUUUGUGACCGCUGCAUGGCGGAAGUUACUCAAAGGUUGGCUAAUAGUAAGGAUAGAGCUGCCCAUGUUUCCCCAUUGCAGAGCCAUGAGGAUUUGGCUAGAAAACUCAAGGAAGAAAUGGAGAAGAAUCGCAGGAGCUCUACAGGCUUCAAGUCUGAAGGAGGAGGGUCUGGAAAACGAAUGAAAGAAGUUGCCUGCCCAACAUGCACAGUUCAUUUGCAGGUACAAGUUCCAGCUUCUGGUUCGGAAACGAUAGAGUGCAGUGUUUGUCAACAUCCAUUUCUUGUCAAUUCAUAUUGAUUGAUCUUCAAAUUUCACCUGCCUUCAAGUUUGCUUGGAAAAAGAAUGAGAGAAUCUUGUUUUUUCUUGUUAUUAUUACUACUUAUUGAGCUGUGUGUGUGAAUAAGGAUUAUUACUUAUUACAAUGUUUCUUCAAUCUCUCCAUACUGUCAUCAAUAUUAUUAAGGUCACUUUUUAGUU